AUGGCGCCUAAGAAGAUCGGAGCCGGCAAAUCAAACAAGAGAGAUUCAAGCAUCUUGGCGAAGAUUUCGAACUCUGAGAUCGUAUCUCAGGGAAGACGCGCCGCGUGCGACGCCGUCUACGUGUCGAAGAAGCUGUUAUGGAGCACCGGAAAAGCGGCGUGGAUCGCCGGAACGACGUUUCUGAUACUCGCCGUACCUUUGAUCAUUGAGAUGGAGAGAGAGCAGCAAUUAAACGAGUUGGAGUUUCAGCAAGCUAGCCUCCUUGGAACUCCACCUCCCGGUGCGCUAAAGUAA